AUGGCUGAAACCAAGACUAAGGCCGAAGAAGAGUGGAAAGCAAUUCUUUCUCCCGAGCAGUUCAGGGUUUUGCGAAAGAAGGGCACUGAGCCUGCUGGCACCGGAAAAUAUGAUUCACAUUACGAGGAAGGUGUCUACGACUGUGCAGCUUGUGGAACUCCUCUGUAUAAGAGUACUACUAAAUUCAAGAGCGGUUGUGGAUGGCCUGCAUUUUUUGAUGCUAUUCCUGGAGCAGUCAACCGUCAUGAAGACCGUGCAUUCGGUAUGGUCAGAACGGAGAUAACGUGUGCUGCCUGCGGAGGACAUCUUGGUCAUGUCUUCAAAGGAGAGGGCUUCCCCACACCGACCGACGAGCGGCACUGCGUCAAUUCCGUUUCAUUGACGUUCAAAUCUUGA